GCCAGUAUAACAUUUAAAAGAAAAAGAAGAAGCAAAAAAAGAGAACAAUGUUCCAAACUGACGAAUUUCACGCAUUGCUGCCAGAGGACUGUGAUGAUAAUCAUUUGUCUACAUUAAAUAAAACUUCGCUAUUGCAGUACAAGCUCUCGUGUGAAAGGUCCAACACUAUUUCUUCUAAUCUACUCAAAGAUGUCUGGCAAAGAAAUGAAGAGUUGUUAAAUGAGAAGGCCAUGGACCACAUCAUCAAUUCUGCUAAAGCUCUUUUACAAAACUCUGAUAUAACUAAUAUGAAAGCUUGGAGAAGUUCUCUUGGCAAAUUCACUGAUCCAGAAACUUUAUUUGAGCAAUCAAUACCGACCUGCCUGCAGUGCUCAGAGCAACCGUUGUACCACAAUUUAGAAAACUUCUAUAAAUCCAACUGCAAAUGUGAUUUACGGAUUAAAGAGGAACAAAUCAAAAAUACAGAAAGUAGUAGAUAUGUAGACACAGAAGCAAGGUCUACUUUUGUUAAAAAUAUAAAUAACAGCAGUCAAGAAUCGAAGCCUUUUGAAGAACGAACCUUUAAACCACGGUUUGGUAAAAACAAACCAUUAAACAAAAACCAAACUUACAAGUCUACAGAAAUUCCCACUACAUCCAAAUAUAUAGAAGAGGAUCCCAUAGAUUUUGAUAAAGAAGAAGAAGAGAACAAAGCUCAUAAAAGUAAUGUUGCAAAGAUAACAUUCAAAACGGCUAAGGAGAGUCUGUUAGCAUCAAAUCCGGCUGCUAAACGGACUUUGGGUGCAACAAGGAAGGCUAAUUCUAAAUUUAUUUCUCCUAUGAUUAACGCUCAAGAUAAGCAUGACACUGCAGAACCUGCAUUUACGGAUGAUAGGCUGAAACACAUUGAUCCGAAGAUGAUUGAGCUUAUUGAAAGUGAAAUAAUUGACAAGGGCACUCCUAUAGGAUGGGAGGACAUAGCAGGACUUCAAAUGGCGAAAUCAGUGAUCCAAGAGGCUGUAGUAUGGCCACUGUUGCGACCUGAUAUCUUCACCGGCUUGCGAAGACCACCCAAGGGCAUCCUGCUAUUUGGUCCACCAGGAACAGGGAAGACUUUGAUUGGUAAGUGCGUGGCGGCGCAGUGCAACGCGACGUUCUUCAGCAUCUCCGCGUCGUCGCUUACCUCCAAGUGGAUUGGCGACGGUGAGAAGAUGGUGCGGGCGCUGUUCGCCGUCGCACGUUGCCAUCAGCCUGCUGUUAUAUUUAUAGACGAGAUCGACUCGCUGCUGACCCAGCGAAGCGAUACGGAACACGAGGCCACGAGGAGAAUUAAAACUGAAUUCUUGGUGCAGUUUGAUGGCGCCGCUACAGGAGAGGAAGACUGCCUUCUCAUAGUGGGUGCCACGAAUCGCCCCCAAGAAUUGGACGAGGCAGCGCGGCGGCGCCUUGUUAAGCGACUCUACAUCCCAUUGCCUGAUGUUAAUGCGCGCGAACAAAUAAUAACAAAUCUCCUGACAAACGAGAACAACGACCUUACGGCCCAGGAGAUAGCAGACGUCGCGUCUUUAACGGAGGGAUACUCGGGCGCUGACAUGAAGUCACUGUGUUCUGAAGCCGCUAUGGGGCCUAUUAGGGCUGUGCCUUUAUCGCAGAUCGUCAGUAUCGAUCGAGAUAAGGUUCGACCGGUUUGUGUGGAUGACUUCAAAGCCGCCUUGCAGCGAGUGCGCCCAAGCGUGUCACAAGAUGACCUGUGGCAAUACGUCAAGUGGAACGAAACUUACGGUCAAGGAUUUUAAUAAAUAAAACUCGUUA